AUGUCGCUCUCACCGGAAGAAAUACGGUCUCGAGACAGACUCGUCCGUCGACGAGCGUUUGUAAAGGGACAGCUCACUGCAUUCAGAAGAGUCCUAGAAACACCCGAGACCCCUCCGGACAUUGACACUGUCAAAAUAUACAUGGAACGUCUCGAAAAAUACUUCGAACCACUCGCGGAAUUGACCGCCGAGCUGGCCGAAUUGGAACCCGAGGCAGGACACACCGAAGAGCAAUUGGAAAUGGAAGCGGAAUACAUCAGACUUUUGGCAAAAGGUCGCAAGUGCGACCGAGAAGUAUCUUCGUUUGGCCCGUCUACCGCCAAUGCGGCAGAACCGGUGCGCGAAUCCCCAAGUCCAUUCAAUGUGACUCAUUCCUUCACUCGCUUACCUGAACAAGGGUUACCCAAGUUCGACGGUAAAUACGAAAAUUGGCUGAGUUUCAAAGAUGACUUUGAAUCGUCAAUCGGUUCCCGCGUGGACCUAUCUAACACGCAAAAACUAAAAUAUUUGAGAUCAUGUCUGAGUGAUGAGCCCGAGCGACUAGUACGGAGUUUCGGCACCACUAAUGAAGGCUAUCCCGAAGCCAUGAAGCUUUUAAAAGAGACGUUCGAGCAGAAGGGAAAAAUUUUGGAACGUCAUAUCAAUGCGAUUUUCAACAUCCCCACGAUGCAGCGAGAAUCCGCUACCGAGCUCUGCGCCCUCAUAAACACGACUCAGUUGCAUUUAUCCGCGCUAAGGUCUCUAGAACAGCCGGUAGAUCAGUGGGGUUCGAUGUUAGUUUUCAUUAUCUUGAACAAGCUCGACAAAACGACUCGUCGGGAAUGGAAACGGGCGCAAAGAGGAAACGAAGUUCCAAGUUUUGAAAAAUUGAUUCAUUUCUUGCGCGAAACGGUCAUCGCAUCGGACGACGCUCCAUCGGGGAACACCGGUAAAGAAGAAAAGGCUAACAACACAACGAAGGGAAAACAAGGUAGGGGAGCCGAUCCAGUCGGGAAAGGCCCUACCCGUACACAAUGCUUCGUUGCAGCAACUGGCGCAAAUUGUCCUGCCUGCAACGGAUCAUCCCAUCCGAUUUUGCGGUGUCAACAAUUUAAAACGUUGUCGCCAAAAGAGAGGCAUGGUAUCGCAGUAAAGGCAACUUUGUGUCUCAACUGUCUUCGACCCAAUCACAACACUAAGGACUGCGGAUCGAAUUAUUCUUGUUUAGUCUGCAAACGCAAACACCACACGUGGUUACAUUUUGCAGAACCGUUAAAUACGCCGGUGGCGGUGUCGGAGGGUAAUCAAGCAUGA